AUGCUAGCAUCUAGGUUUGAAGAAGUUAGAAUGAAGGAUGAUGAAACGUUUGAUGAAUUCUAUGCUAAAUUGAAUGACAUUGUUAAUUCUAGCUUCAAUCUAGGUGAGAGAAUUCCUGAGUCUAAAAUUGUGAGAAAAGUGCUUAGGUGCCAUGAGUGUCAAGGAAUAGGUCACUAUAGGAAUGAAUGCCCUAGUUACAAGAAGAACCAAAAAAAAGGGAAAGGUAAGGCCUUAGUUGUCUCACUUACAGAUAAUGAAUCUGAGACCAGUGAUAGGCAGGAAUCUUCUAGUAGUGAGGACGAAGGAAACUAUAAAGCAUUUGUAUCGACUGUUAAGAGUGAAUCUGAUAAAGAAAGUGACAAGGUUGAGGAAGAACUUCCUAACGAUAAUUCUAGUAAUGAGGAUGGGGAUGACAUAGACAUACAAGAAGCUUAUCAACUUUUGUUUAAAGAGAGUCUUAAAAUCAAAAAGGUCAAUAAAACCCUGCUUAAAAAGGUUGAUGAACUUGAAAGAGAAAAAGAGAAACUUGCUAGUAAUCUUCAGGAUUCACUUAAGAGUGGUAGUGAGUUAAAGUGUGUCAAUGAGAAGUUAGAGGACAAGAUUAAGACUUUGACUAUUGAAUUGGAGAAAUCUAAUGUUCAUCUUCAGACUUUCAUAAGUGGGACUAAGAAAUUAGACAAUAUUUUGGGAAUGAAUAAGCCUGUAGGAGAUAGGAAAGGUCUAGGAUACGUUGAGGGUAACACACAUGUUACUAGACCAUCUAAGACUGUGUUUGUUUCUGCCUCUAAGAAAGCUAAUGAUGUCGGCAGUUCAAACAAGGGUAAGAAUGUUCCGAGAGAACAGAGUCAUCAAUCACAUAGGAACUUCAAUCCCAGAUACCCACAAACACGUACCUUUGAGCCUAGGUUCAUUCCCACCUGUCACCACUGUGGAGCUCUAGGACACACUAGGCCUAGAUGUUAUAAGUUAGGCAAUGAGCGUAGAAAUCAUAACAUUCCUAGUCAGGUUAGCUUUCUGUCUAAUCAGGUUAGUCAUUUGACUGAGAUGCUUACUAAGCUUACUAGGAGUACUUUAUCAUCUAAGAAAGUUUGGGUCAAAAAGGGUGAUCUAGCUAGACAUUCAGGUCAAGAAAACUGUUUUGUUACUCUGUUGCAUUAA